GGCUGUCAGCUGGUGAAGAAGAGGAUCACGGAACGAUCAAAAUGUCGUUCUCUGAAAAAAUAAUGACGAUCAUGCAAAAACCAGGACAAGACCCUGCUUCCAAGGACGAUGUAUCUUGGUGGAUGAAAUACACUGCUCGAGGUCUCGGUACCGUAGGGAGUAUAAUUGCAAUUUUUCUCGGAAUAUUGAAUUGUGCAUCGAUACUCCUAGGUUCUAUAGAUUGCCUAAUUAGCGGCAUGUGGCAGAUGGUGAUUGGUUUUGUAGUUGUAAUGAUAGAAGCACCAUGUUGCUGCCUAUUUAUUGAUUUUGUACAAAACUUAAGCGAUUGGGUGGAAAAGAAACCAUACUGGAAUAGAGCAGCAGCCUAUUGUUUGAUGCCUCUUCCAUCAAUCUUCCUUUGUAUGACUCUGAGUAGCAUAUUUGGCGGUGGCCUAAUAUUUGCAACAGGUGUAAUAUAUGGAAUGAUGUCGCUUGGUCGAAAGGCAUCUUUCCAUGAAAUGAGAACAUCAGCGACGACCGUUGAGGUUCCUUCAUCGAGUAUGCAGGUCAAUCUUGUUGAAAGUGCUCAACCAAUGGGUUUUUCCGAUAAAUCAGAUAGUAAUGUUUGAAUUUUACGAACUAAUUGGCGAAACAUUUGUUUGUACGAAUGGUGAUGAAUACUAACUUGGUCGAGCAAUGAACAGCCA